AUGCAGGUGUCGGAUAGUGGCGGUGGCUAUGGCAACGGCCUCCUCCCUCCACCAGUGCUCCCUCUCUCUUUCUCAGAUCUCCUCUCUCGCUGCUCGUGCUCAGUGGCGAAAGACCCAAAGGUGGCGGCGACGGCAAGAAGCGAUGGUGGAGACCCGCGUGAAAAUUUUGCGGAGGAAAUUGGCAAAUAUCACUUUUAUACUUUGCAGCUUGCAUUUGAUUUUUAUCUGAAGUACUCAAAGUCCAAGGGCUUUAGUGCAAGGAAGAGCAAGACCUUCAAGAAUAGUAUUGGCGAGAUUUACAAACAAAAGUUUGUAUGUCAUAGGAAAGGAUUCAGGGAGGAGAAAUAUUACACGAUGGAAAAAAGGAAGAAGGAGCCUAGAUUGGAAAUAAGAACUGGAUGUGAAGCCCGAAUGGAUGUUAAAUUUGUACUAGAAAGUGGAAGAAAAAUGUCAGAGGCAGAUAUUAUGCAAAUGAUGAACAUGCUAAACUCAGAGAUUAACACUUCACAGAUAUUUGGUCUUCUAGCUAGUCAAGCAGGCGGGUAUGAAUUUGUUGGCUAUGGUCCCAGAGAUAUGUAUAAUGAGAUUGCUCGGCGAAGGCGUCAAAUUCCUGGUGAUGCAGCACGAGUGUUUAAGAAGUUAGAGGAUAUGCGGUUGAAGGAUCCACAAUUAUAUUUCAAGGCAUGUCAUGAUUCAAGAGGUUUGUUACGUAACUUGUUCUGGUCUGAUGGGAUUAGCCAACUAGACUACCGACUCUUCGGGGAUGUUAUUGCUUUUUAUGCUACGUACAAGAAGAACAAGUAUAGUUGUCCAUUAGUCAUAUUCAGCGGGGUUAACCACCACAACCAAACAACUGUUUUUGUUGCUGCGUUAAUUGCGGAUGAAACUACUGAUACAUAUAUUUGGCUCCUGUGUCAGCUCAUAUUUGCAAUGAAGGGCAAGACCCCGACCUCAAUAAUAACUGAUAGGCCAUGGCGAUUAGAAAUGGAGUAA